AUGCUCUUCCGACAUGGAGCGCUCUCGCGGCGGGAUGCCAUCCUCCUCCUCGUCGGUGCCUCGUCAAUGCACCUUUGGUCGCUGCUAUUUAGCCACCACUCCCUUUCCACCGACCUCGAUGCUUCCGCCCACCAACACGUACCUGCAGCGCUGACGACAACCGUACGUGAAUUACGCACGAAGACGAUCGCACACACCCAGACGGAUACAGCAACAGCAACAGCGACGAUCACGACGACAGCACUCAGCACACCCACGUCAAAACCCCAAGCCCUCUCACCUUACACCCCGCUCCCACCAACGGAGGUCCUGGCACAUGCACCCGGCUGGACGCUCUUCCGCAACCUAUACAUGUCGAACGGUACGCUCUUCCUGGCGGCGAAGGACAGCGCAACGCGAAUGGCGUACCCUGAAGUUCGGAUGAUGACGAGCACGGGGCUGGAGGCGUUCAACACCCCAGAGAACAUCGCGCUGAGAGAGCCGACGUCGCGGGACAUGCAAGUGAUCGGGAUAGAGGAGGCGCAGCGGCGGUGGGUCGACAAGGAGAGCGGGGUGAACCGGGUUUGGAGCGUCGAGGGAAACACGCUACUGUUCAAUGACCCGAAGCAAUUUUUGCGGCACUACUACCACCUCGUCGCCGAGCUGUUCUUUGGCGUGCAGGCGUUCUGGCACGGCGCCUUCUCAGCCCCCACACCCGCCUCCGACACCCAGGCACACUUCACAACGGAACACCCUGCACCGCCGCCGCUGCACCGCGCGAUCUUCAUCCACUCGGAUGCGGACGGCUGGAGGGACGAUCCAGGCUUCAACCGGUACUUCCUGCGCGGGGUCUUCCCCUCACUUGCAAUCGAGCACGAAGAGGACUGGGCGGACCGUGUCGUGGCCACUUCGAACCUCGACGCAAACGACGGCGAGCGGGCGUUCCAUUUCCCCCUUGCUCUGCUCACAGACCGCAGUGCCGCCCACCGGGGACCGGUGUGCGGCUCGCAGACGCAGAGAACGGCAGCUGAGGCCUGGGAGUACAUGCGGGGCAAGGGCAAGCUGAGAGGCCUACACGCUGGUGGGUGGUGGGCGCCUGUACGAGAGGCAAUGUGGCGAUUCGCGGGGGCGGAGGAGGGGCUGAAAGGGCUGAAGGAGGACAAGGGCGUCAGCAAGGAGAAGAAGGCGAACGACCAAGUACCGAUGGGCGCUUCCCUCCCAGGUUGGGCAGCAGCAGCUGCUGACGAUCCAGACGUCCCAGGCAUCUCAUCCCCCACCUCCGCCUCAGGAACGGACGUCGUCGCGGUCGACGUGUCCACUGCCUCGCAGGCCCAGCUACCAGCACCAUCGAACAUCGUGAUCACAUACAUCUCGCGGCAGAGUGCACGUAACCGCAAGUUGAUUAAGGAGGACCACGAGGGUCUGGUCGCGGCGAUUAAGGAGCUCGUAGAGCGGAAGAACACCGAGAGGAAGAAGGUGCUGGACGCGCUGGACGGGAUGGACGAUGACGAGCGGAGGAAGCGGGCGGACGGCUUCGCUCUGCCCCCGUCUUGGGAGUUCCAUGAGCUGCUGGCGGAGAGGUUGACCAAGGACGAGCAGGUGCGGGCGGCGUCAAGGUCGACGAUCAUGCUUGGUGUGCACGGAAACGGCCUCACCUCGCUCGUCUUCAUGCCGCCAACGCGUGCGUCGACUGUCAUUGAGCUCUUCUUCCCUGGCGGCUUCGCGCACGACUACCAAUGGACGUCAAGGGCGUUGGGCAUGAGCCACUUCGCUGUCUGGAAUGAUACACACCACACAUACCCAAACAAACCCCGCGUGGACUACCCAGAGGGCUUCCAGGGCAAUGCCAUCCCUGUCCAUGGCCCAACUGUAGCCCAGCUCAUCGAGGAUCGGGUCGACGGCAAGCUAUGA